AUGGACCGCGACGGGGUCAGCCGUCGUCAAGGGGCUCCUGAAGACCUGAACCGAGCCAUGUUUCGCGUGCUCGUCGCCAUGUGCUUCGCUGAGGCGCUCGCCGCCGACGACACCGUCAUCGCCUCCGUUGAGGCAUUACAGAGGGAGUUCGUCACGUUGGCCAUCGGCUUCCAGGUGUUAGGCGUGUGCCCCACGGUCACCAAGGUUCUGCUCCGGCGAUGGUGGAAGAGGAUGUUGUCCCUCCGGUGCUGGCAGGAGGAGCUAUUCGUACCUUGGCGCCAUCGUGCUGGAGGGGCUCCGGGCCACGUCGUGCUCGACGCGAUCGCCGUCGCCGCGAUGCUAGGAUUGGGCUCGAUCAGGAUGGGCGUCCUCGCGCUAUGGGAUGGCCACGACAAUUCCUUCCUUUCUCACGGUGCCCGCGGCGAUCGUGGUGUCUCGCGCUUCUUUUCUCUGCCGGUGGAUCGCCGUGAGCCCAACUCGAAUCCCUGCCGCGGACCGCGUCCUAGCGCGGAGCGAGCCCGUGAAAGGAACGUCGUCCACGAGCCCGAGGCGCGCGCAGCAGGCGUCCUCCGUCUUGAGCACCCGCUUGGCCGCGCCCACAUUCGCGCUUCUCAGCGUACAUGCCGGCGAGGAAGCCCGGCACGAGCGGGUGCGCGGUGA